GACAGACAUGACUGCCGAGCGCGUGCAGUGGCUGUAGUAUAAACGAACAAGCAGUUUAAGAGCCGCACUCAAAGCUAGAGAACCGCGCAUUGGGAGCGGGAUGGCAGGGAGAGUAAAGCACCACGUCCUCCUCCUCAUGGGGCUCUUGCUGACAGGGACCGCUACAGUCCGGGGAAGCAGAGGGGGAGCGAUGCUUGAUGAGGAGAGGGAGAAGGAAAACGACGCAGAGAGCCCGUGUGAAGUUAAAACCGUUACCGUUUCUACCCUGCCUGUACUCCGCGAGAAUGAGUUCAGUUUCACCGGCGGUGGCUCGGGGAGCGUGGCCGGAGGAGGAGGGGAGUCCCGACUCCUUUUAUUCGUUAGAACAGACCUACCUGGACGAAUUUCCGUUAUGGAUGAUCUUGACAACACCGCUCUCCCAUAUUUCACACUGGAGAUGUCAGGUUUGGGGGCAGACAUCUCUCAGGUGCAUUGGAAGCAGCAGUGGCUGGAGAACGGGACGCUGUAUUUCCACGUGUCCAUGAGCACCUCUGAGCAGCUGAUACAGACAACCGUGCCCACGGCCCAGGAGCCUGCUCACGUCCUGCACGAACACAUGCACCUGCUGCACAUCUCUGUUAUGGGAGGCCUGAUCGCUCUCCUCCUCCUCAUUCUUCUCUUCACACUGGUGCUUUACACCCGUCACCGCUGGUGCAAGCGCCGGCGCAUCCCCCAGAAGAGCGCCAGCACCGAGGCCACCCAUGAGAUCCACUACAUCCCCUCUGUGCUGCUGGGACCCCAGGGUAGGGACAGCUUCCGGGGGUCCCGCCAGCUACAGCACAGCUCUGUCAUCGGCAUGCCCAUCCGGGAGACCCCCAUACUGGAUGACUACGACUGUGAUGAGGACGAUCAGAUGGGUCACACACACACCUCCACACCCAACCAGGUCCACAACCAGCUGAUUGAUGGGAAAGUCCAGGGCCUGGAUGAGUAUGGGCCCAGCCAGGGGACACAUACCCACAACCAGCACACUGACAGCCUGAGGAAGGGGGAGGACAGCCUCCAACACAGUCUGGAUAAAAGAGCCCUUGACCCCAAGCAGGAGACGGUCGAGGCAUUGAUGCAGCGGUUUAAGGAGAGUUUCCGUCCUAACACGACCAUGGAGAUCGCCCACUUUCAACACGUCACACACAGCUCCUCCACAGGACGCAAGAGAGGCCCAAGCCACGCCAGAGUGGCUGGUAGUGUGUUUGGGCGCCAAGGAGACUCGGGGUCAGAGGGUGAUGAUGAGACCCAGCUGAAGUUCUACACAGAGCAGCACAGAGGCCGCCGGCGCAGCAGAGGUUGUCCACACAGCCCGAUGAACAAGGCCACUCUGACGUUGAUCACCAUCAGUACGUGUGUCCUGGCUGUGGUUUACGGCACGCAGCUCUCCUGCUCUCUCACCGUCAAGGUUACGCUCCACGUGCCCGAACACUUUGUUGCCGACGGAAGUAGUUUUGUGGUGAGCAUGGGCAGUUUCCUGGAUGUGUCUAACUGGCUGAACCCUGCCAAGCUGAUCCUAUAUUACCAGACCAACUCCUCCACCCAGUGGGUCAGAGAUUACUGUGGCCAGAGGACCACCGAGCCCUGUGAACAGCUGUGUGACCCAGAGACGGGUGAAUGCAGCUGUCAUGAGGGCUAUUCCACUGACCCGGUGCAUAAACAUCUCUGUGUUCGCAGUGACUGGGGACGCAACGAAGGUCCCUGGCCCUACACUAACCUGGAGAAGGGUUAUGACCUCGUCACAGGGGAGCAAACGCCAGAAAAGAUAUUCAGGUCGUCCUACAGCCUAGGCCAGGGUCUGUGGCUGCCAGUCAGUAAGAGCUUUGUGGUGCCACCGGUGGAGCUGUCAAUCAACCCCAUCGCCAGUUGCAAGACUGAUGUGCUGGUGACAGAGGACCCUGGGGAUGUCAGGGAGGAGGCCAUCAUGUCCACCUACUUUGACACAGUAGAUGAUCUCCUGGCGUCUUUCGGCCCGGUCCGAGACUGUUCCCAGGACAACGGGGGCUGCAGGAAGAACUUCAAGUGUGUGUCGGACCGCAGAGUCGACUCAACAGGCUGUAUGUGUCCUGACGGGCUGCGGCCGAUGAAGGAUGGCUCGGGUUGCUAUGACUACUCAAAGGGCACAGACUGCACGGACGGCUUCAAUGGGGGCUGUGAGCAGCUGUGUCUCCAACAGCUGGUGCCCCUACUAGACAACCCCAGCUCCAGCAACAUCCUCAUGUUCUGUGGGUGUGUGCAGGAGUACAAGCUGGGGGCGGACGGUCGCUCCUGUCUCCUCCAGACAGAGAACUGUGAGGGGCCAAAGUGCCAGAGGCAGGACAUUCGUUUCAAUGACACCCUGUUUGGGGAGAUGCUGCACGGCUACAACAACAAGAGCCAGCAAGUCAACCUGGGACAGGUCUUCCAGAUGACCUUCCGGGACAACAACUUCAUCAAAGACUUCCCCCAGCUAGCAGAUGGACUGAUGGUUAUCCCGUUACCUGUGGAGGAGCAGUGUAGAGGAGUGCUGUCUGAGCCACUGUCCAAUGUACAGCUCCUCACAGGUGAUGCUAAGUUCAAUGAGGCUAUGGGCUACCCCAUGGUUCAGCAGUGGAGAGUGAGGAGCAACCUGUACAAAGUCAAGCUCAGCGCCAUCACCUUGUCUACAGGCUUCUCCAAGGUUCUGAAGACACUGACUGCAGAGAGCACCAGAGAGGAGCUGCUGUCCUUCAUCCAGCAGUACGGCAGCCAUUACGUAUCCGAGGCCCUUUACGGCUCCGAGCUCAGCUGCACCAUCUACUUCCCCAGCAAGAAGGCUCAACAGCAGCUCUGGCUGCAGUACCAGAAAGAGGUGACAGACCAGGGCAGCAGGCGCGAGCUCAAAUCCAUGCCCUUCAUCAGCUACCUGUCUGGGCUGCUGAAGACCCAGCUACUGGCGGAGGACCUGGUGAGCGGUGUGGAGAUUCGCUGUGAGGAGAAGGGCAGCUGCCCCUCGGCCUGCCACCUGUGCCAUCAGGCAGGCCGUGAGCAGCCCUUACCCAUCCCUGUCCUGCUGGAGGUCAGCCGCAUCGUGCCCCUUUACAGCCUGGUGCAGGACAACGUCACCAAGGAGGCGUUCAAGAGCGCCACCAUGAGCUCAUACUGGUGCACAGGCAAGGGCGAUGUCAUCGACAACUGGUGUCGCUGUGACCUGAGUGCCUUCAGUAAAGACGGCCUUCCCAACUGCAGUCCCCUGAGGAAGCCUGUGCUUAGACUGGCCCCUCACCUGGAACCCUCCAGCACCAUGGUGGCCCUGGAGUGGUUGGAUGUGGAGCCACUGAUUGGCUAUAAGGUCUCUGAUUACAUCAUCCAGCACAAGCGGGUGGAGGACCCCUCAGAGGCAGAGAUCUACACAGGUGAGUUGUUAAGUCUGGUGGAUGACCUGCUCUCAGGUCUUGGUUCGUCCUGUGUGGUGGCAGGUCGAAGGAACGGAGACCAUCCACACUCUGUGCUCUACUCGCUGGUCUUCAAGUGCCUGGAGCCCGACAGCCUCUACAAGUUCACCCUAUAUGCUGUGGACAGUCGAGGGAGUCGUUCAGAGUCUAGCUUCGUCUCAGUGCGGACGUCUUGUCCAAUGGUAGAUGAUAGCAGAGCAGAAGAGAUAGCAGACAAGGUAUAUAACCUGUACAACGGCUACACCAGUGGCAAGGAGCAGCAGACGGCCUACAACACUCUGAUGGAGAUUCCCCCUCCGCUGCUUUACAGGGUGCAGCACCACUACAACUCCCACUACGAGAAGUUUGGAGAUUUCGUCUGGCGGAGCGAAGAUGAGCUGGGACCCAGGAAAGCACAUCUGAUCCUGCGCAGAGUGGAGAGGAUCAGCCGGUACUGCCGGGCCCUGCUCCACAGCGCAUACAUUCAGAGCCGCACAGACACCAUGGCCUACGUGUUCUGUCGCAGCGAGGAGGUUCGGCCCACCAGCAAAGUGUGGCAUGGCUCCCUGCAUGAGACCCGCACCACCUGCAUGGAGAAACUGAUCUCAGUACAACGCAGCACAUACGGCAACGCCAAGCUCCGAUGAGACAAGCUGCCCGACGACACAAUGACAGCCGCCUCCUCCUCGUUUCUGGUCUCUCCACUGACUGGUAUUUUUCCAAAUCAGGAGAGCCCUGAAACCUCAACCCCACUGGACAUAGUUAGAACUACUGUCAAACACCCUCAAAUGCUUUUUUGGAAAAAGUGCUAAGAACUGCUUGAAGAGGAAAGACGGUUUGGACGUACAUGCCAGUGACUACCACUAUCAAUGAGGAGGAGCAAUGUGAGCAUGUAAAUUAUCAUUCAACCCAGAGCAAAUUGGUUGGCAAAAAAAUACUGAAUGUAAUAUUGCAGUUUCUCAUGGUACUUCGACUGGAAGCGUACCAGGGAAACAAACAAACAAAAAAACAACUCCCUGUUUGUCUCUCCUCUUGGCUGGAGAGAUGUGAAAGAGAGCGUUUAGAUUUGAUUUUGAUUCAUUUGUAAUACUUAAAACAUAUCACCACUACAAUAAUGUCGUCUUUUUAAUGCAGACAACAUAGUGUUUAUAAUAAAGGCUACGGAGAAAUCCUGUGUGACGGAUUGUGAUGUCAUCAGCUGUACCGUACGGUGUGUGAGUUAACGCUUUGCAGCUAGAAAAGUCCUCAACCAGCAGUGUUUCCUUUUUUUGUUUCUUUGUUUAUCGUUGUUUAUCUCCUCAGAUGUUGACAAAGGUGGAGAGCUCCUAAACCACAGGGAAAAUCCAUAUUUUAAAAAAGAGUCCAUUAAUAUGGUCAAAUGGUGAAUAUAGGUAAAGAAAAAGAAAACAUUUUCAUAGGAAAAUAUUCCAAAUGACUUCAAGAUUUGAUGCUAUAUGUAUGGAUUGCAGAGUGAUGGCAGGUGAAUGCCAAUGAUUAAUGAAACGCUAUAAAGGAAUCAUGUUUAAUCGUAUGGAUCUUGUAGGAUCCCUUCCCUCAAGGAAACAUUUACUUGACUUUCCAUCUCUCAAGAGCCAUGGACAUAAAAAUCCAACUCAUUGUUUUUUUGUAUUGAUUAUCAUUUCACGUUAUAUCAAUUGUAAUAGUAAAUUAUUAUAUUGUAAAUAUGAAAUUGUAAAUAACAUAUGUAUUAUUAUGUGGCUUUAAUUGUCUUUUUUUCGAGAGAAUGUGAAAUAUUAAAUACUAUAUAUCACAAGCAUCUGCAUUCUUUUGGACAGGGAGAAAGUAGCUCUGUUUAACCAAUUGAUUCACAUCUGCGGUAUAGGCUAUACCACACUCCAUGGGUUGGGAGAGAAAUGUAAAGAUUAUGAUGAACUCAAAACACC